AUGGGAUGCACACCUACCCACUCCGCCUCCAACGUCAACAAUCGUGCAUUCACCGAGGGCUUCCCAUGGGAAGUCUGUCAAGACGGGGAGGCUGAAUGUGUUCUCCCACCUCCAACCAUCGCAAGGUUGAAUAUCUCGACCAUGCGUCGUGGCUUCACUGUGCCAUCUGGUUGCUCUUCUCCUUCCUCGAGAUACUCCCAGAACGUCUUGGCAGUUCCCUUCGACUCCUGGAAUGCCGUCUCGCGCGGAGAAAACGAAUGUGUCUUGACGGGGUCGAAAAGCACUGCAGGCAAUUUGGUCGACGCGGCAUAUAGCUCUGUGCCACUAUAA